AUGAACAGGCAUAAUGCCUAUGUCAAUGGGCAGAAAGGAUACUCGUCUAGAGAGAGUGGUAAUCUGUCGAUAUCCCCUCACAGAUUUCAGCCGCGGUCCCAGCCAGCUCUACGACGAAGGAGGCAGCUUCUAAUACGGUUGGGCAUUGCUGGAUGCUCUUCCCUGCUUCUCAUGCUGAUAUUCUUCCCUUCAAUACGAUCCACUUUCUUGACGGUUCUGACUCUUGGCCUUAUGUCAAGCUCCGACGUAGAGCAGCUGCAGUUGGAGACUGUUCGGUACUACGACCUAUCAGAAUCUGGGGGUACCGCCAGGGGAUGGGAGCACGAGGAAAGAGUCCUCAUGUGCGCACCUCUACGAGACGCCGAAUCUCAUCUUCCAAUGUUCUUCUCGCAUCUACAUAAUUUCACUUAUCCACAUCAUCUCGUCGAUUUGGCAUUCCUGGUGUCCGAUUCGAAAGACAAUACCCUACAACUCCUGUCUCAAAUGCUAACGGAUUUACAAAAUGACCCUGAUCCGAAACAACCUUUUGGAGAGAUAUCGGUAAUAGAAAAGGAUUUUGGGCAGAAAGUCAAUCAGGAUGUUGAGAGCCGACAUGGUUUCGCAGCCCAAGCUAGCAGAAGGAAGUUGAUGGCUCAGGCAAGGAAUUGGCUGCUGAGUGCCGCACUCCGGCCAACCCACAGCUGGGUCUACUGGAGGGACGCAGAUGUGGAGACUGCUCCAUUCACGAUCUUGGAAGACCUCAUGCGGCACAACAAGGACGUCAUCGUACCAAAUGUGUGGCGGCCACUGCCUGAUUGGCUCGGUGGUGAGCAGCCGUACGACUUGAAUUCUUGGCAGGAGUCGGAAACAGCUCUAGCGUUGGCCGAUACACUUGACGAGGAUGCUGUCAUUGUCGAAGGUUAUGCAGAGUAUGCGACCUGGAGGCCACAUUUGGCAUAUCUAAGAGACCCAUACGGCGACCCGGACAUGGAGAUGGAGAUUGAUGGUGUUGGAGGCGUUAGCAUUUUGGCAAAGGCGAAGGUCUUCAGAUCUGGGGUUCAUUUCCCAGCCUUCAGCUUUGAGAAGCAUGCAGAAACAGAAGGGUUUGGCAAGAUGGCAAAGAGAAUGCAGUUUUCAGUUGUCGGAUUGCCCCACUACACUGUUUGGCAUCUUUACGAACCAAGCGUCGACGAUAUCCGGCACAUGGAAGAAAUGGAACAAGAGCGGCGAAACCGUGAGAAUGAGGAGAAGGAGCGAGUGGAGCGUAUGAAGAAGAUUAAAGAGGAGUUCAACGACCAAGGCAGCCAAUGGGAGAAAGACAAGAACGCAAUUGAUGGUAUCUCGCAGAAGGAGGAACAGAUCAGGAAAGAGCAUGAUGCCGCCAUGGCUGCUCAAGAAGAGAAGGGCCCUGCCGCACAGGCAGGUAAGGAAACCGCAGAAGGCGCUGCUUCGAAAGACUCGAAAGACUCCAAGGUUGCAAAGGAUACCAAAGAUGCAAUUGAUGCUAAAGAAGGGAAAGGUACAAAGAACGCCAAAAACGUCAAGGACACCGAGGACACAGCGAAUGAAAAGGAAGUCGAGGAAGCUGAAGUGGUCAAGGAUACAUGA